ACCCCACUAAUCAUUCUCCCCCCGCCCCUCUUUUCAAAUUCCAAAACAUCUUUCAAAAUCUCAAUAACACACACUCACACACACACACACCAAUCUCAAUCUCAACAACCAUUUCACCUCCAUUACACCUUCUCUGAAAUCGACCCUUUUCAUCUCCACCCCCUUUUCCCACUUCCCUUCCGAUCACAUUCCCAUUUCCACCGCCGGCCACCCGGCCGGCCCUCCCAACUCAUUCACCAUCAAUCCCUAAUCAAGAAAGUGUCAAGAUUCAAUCUUUACAUGAAUUCUUUUGCAAUGCAGCGAUCUGGGUCCAACAAUAGACAAUACCCAUCUUCAGACAACUUUAUUGAAUCGAAUUUUAAUAACAAAUGGCUUCAGUCAGCUGGCCUUCAUCAUCUUUACUCUUCUAACCCUAAUUUGCCCCCUCUUCAGGAUUUUGGGUUUUUUGGGAAUAACAGGAAUAAUCAACAAAUGGGUAGUGGUGCUGGAGGGAAUGUGGAUGUGGUGAGUCGUUCCGGUUCAUCGAGUUUAACCAAGUAUGGGAGUGGGGAGCAAGGGUCAACUAAUGAGCUUAGCCCUGGGUUGUUAGAUCUUCAUUCGUUUGAUACCGAGCUGUUAACCGAGGUGCAUAGUGAAAACAACUUGAAUCUGCUAAAUCAACCUUCGUACGGUGAAUAUAUUGAUGAUGACAAUGCUUCCUUUUUGGCCGGAAAAUUUGCUAAUAUGUCAUGUGGUUCUACUUCUACCGAGAACAAUGUUGUUAAGGGCUCUUUGGCAGAUAAAGAGAAAGCGAGUAACGUUGCUAAGAUUAAAGUUGUGGUACGCAAGAGACCGCUUAAUAAAAAAGAAAUUGCUAAAAAGGAAGAAGAUAUCAUCAGCAUAGACCCUAACGGUUGCUCACUCACUGUUCAUGAAUCGAAAGUCAAGGUCGAUUUGACUGAAUACGUUGAGAAACACGGAUUCGUAUUUGACGCUGUGAUGAAUGAAGAUGUCACAAACGAUGAAAUAUACGCACAAACUGUGGAGCCGAUAAUCCCGAUUAUCUUUCAAAGAACAAAAGCAACCUGCUUUGCUUAUGGGCAAACAGGCAGCGGGAAGACCUAUACAAUGCAACCGCUACCCCUGAAAGCUUCCCAUGAUAUAUUAAGACUCAUGCACUUUAAUUACCGAAACCAAGGAUUUCAGUUAUUUGUAAGUUUCUUUGAAAUUUACGGUGGGAAAGUUUUCGAUCUUCUUAACGAUAGAAAGAAGCUUUGCAUGAGAGAGGAUGGAAAACAACAGGUUUGCAUAGUGGGCUUGCAGGAAUAUAACGUAUCAAACGUCGAAACGAUAAAGGAAUUAAUCGAGAAAGGUAAUUCGACAAGGAGCACGGGUACAACUGGCGCAAACGAAGAAUCUUCAAGAUCACACGCAAUUCUUCAACUUGCGGUCAAGAAAUCGAUCGACGGCAACGCAUCCAAACAGCCCCGAUUGGUAGGGAAACUAUCUUUCAUAGAUCUUGCUGGAAGCGAGCGCGGUGCAGAUACCACCGACAAUGAUAAACAAACAAGGAUGGAAGGUGCCGAAAUUAAUAAAAGUUUACUCGCGUUAAAGGAGUGUAUUAGAGCCCUUGAUAAUGAUCAGGGUCAUAUUCCGUUUAGAGGGAGUAAACUAACGGAAGUUUUAAGAGACUCGUUUGUUGGUAACUCGCGUACGGUUAUGAUAUCAUGCAUUUCACCGAGCUCUGGGUCUUGUGAACAUACUCUAAACACAUUACGAUAUGCUGACAGGGUUAAGAGUCUAUCAAAAGGAAGCAACUUUAAGAAAGACGUGUCAUCAUCGACAUCCAACCUUCGAAACUCAAUCGCAUUACCUGUAUCUUCAACAACGUUAACACGUUUCGAAGAUGUUAUAUCCGAAAAGCCGCAUGAACCUAAUAGAUUUGGAUGGCGUAAACAAACCGAUAAAGAUUCAUCUUUAACCAUGGACCGUGUUCCUGUUGGAAGAUCAACUAUUUAUGCACCUCCCGCUGAAGAUUACUUAAGUGAUCAUGAUGGCACGGAUGAGGAAAUAAUGGAAGAUGAUUUUGAAUAUUCUAUGGAGGUUAAUGAACCGAAAAACGUUUCAAGAUUUGAGAAGCCAAGCACUCAGAUGAAACCUAUCGUUGAGGCCAAUGAUGAUCUCGCUGCACUUCUUGAGGAAGAGGAAAAUCUUGUAAACGCUCAUCGGAAACAAGUGGAGAAGACUAUGGAUAUCGUUAGGGAGGAAAUGAACCUGCUGGUAGAAGUAGAUCAACCAGGAAAUCAACUCGACAAUUACAUUACAAAACUAAAUAUAAUUCUAUCCCAAAAAGCAGCCUCGAUUCAACAACUCCAAACAGAAUUGAGUAAGUUUCAGAAACAUUUGGAAGAAUACAAUGUUCUAUCAUCGGCUACAGGUGGCUAGCGAUGCUGCAGCAUAGGUAACUAAGGUGAGAGUGUUCGGUUUCUGUCUUGUUUUGCUAUAAUAUUGAGUGUUUGACAUGUUUUUCUCUACAUUCGAUGUGGAUUUCGGGUGUGGAUUAUAUGUAAAAGCUUGUGUAAGUUGUUGUGGUUUAUAGAAAAUUCAAAAUGCGGUUUUGAUUA